AUGAAAUUGAUGUAUUUCUUUGUAUUUUAUCUAUUUCAAAAUGUAGAAGCAAUGAAUUCAUUUGCAAAGUUUAAUAGUACAUAGUUAGAUGAAUUAAAUUAAAAAUCUGUAAUUAGAGGUGAAUACAAAGAUGUGGCACAUGAAUCAGCAGGAGCUAUUAUAUCUAAUGGAAGAAUAGUUGGAUAUGUUGGAGGUUAAAAAAAUAGUAGUCCUUUAAGAAGUGCAAUUUAUUACAUUGUAUCUGGAGGUUAUUGUUAUGUUGGAUCAUCUUAUUUUAUUAAUAUCGAUUUACUCCAAACAUAUGAACUUAAUACAAUAAAAAUUUGGCUAUAUGAUAGAGAUCCAACAUUCAUAAGAACUUAUGACAUAGAGGUUUAUAUUUCUGGAUUGGAUAUUACUGAUUAGUUGAUAUAUGAGAAUAACAUUUCAAAAAGUUUAACUACCAUAAAGUUUACAGAUACAGGGGUUAAAUCAAUAAAAAUUAAAAAUAAAAGUGGAAGCUCAAUAGAUCAAUGGCUAAUUCUUCUUAAAAUUCAAGCCUUUUAUGCUUUUUGA